AUGGCUGAUUAUCAAGUGACCGUGUCCACUUCCUAUCUGGAUGAUGCCGGCACUUGUGACCAUGUCUUCAUUAAGCUGGUGGGAAAGGAUGGUGAGAGCGAACGCACGAGGCUCAUGGGCUCCAAGGGAGAGUCAUCCUUCAUCAGAGGAGCAGUGUCUACUUUUACUGUGUCCUGCCCUGUCUCCAUUGGAAAGCUGGUCCGGAUAGAGCUUGAAAAACAGCCUUCCCAAAAUCCGGACAAGUGGUUUCCCACCAAGGUGGAAGUGAAAUCCCCCGAGGGAGACACCUUCAAGUUUCCCCUCUACUGCUGGAUCACUGACAGCAAGGUGCACCGCUUCAGAGGGGGAAUAGGUUUGUGGAAAUGUGUUUGUCUGACAUCCUGUAUGUUGUUCACUGACCACAGAAGAGAUAAAAGAAAGACAUACCAGAAUCAGCGAGAGAGAGACUAUCGCUGGCAUGAGCAUGCAGAGGGAAUACCCCACUGCAUGAAGGCAGAAGACCUCUCUGAUCUGCCUUCUGAGGUACAGUUCUCCUUCACCAAGGAUGCAGAGUUUAAGCUCACUGCAGCUUUUGGGCUGGCUGAGCUAUACCUGAAAGGUCUGGCUGAUUCCAGGGAGAACUGGCUUGAUAUUGAUGCCAUCAAGGGGGUGUUCUGUUGCAAACGGACUGACAUAUCAGACUAUGUCCAGAAACACUGGAAGGAGGAUGCUCUUUUUGCCUACCAGUUUCUAAAUGGCGUCAACCCCGUGUUGAUCCGACGCUGUUCAGCUCUGCCUGAUAACUUUCCUGUCACUGACGACAUGGUCUUCCCCAGUGGUCAGUUCAGCUUGGAAAAUGAAAUGGAGGAAGGCAACAUAUUCCUGUGUGACUACAAGCGUUUGGAUGGACUGAAAGCAAACACCAUCCAUGGGAAGAAGCAGUACUUGAUGGCUCCCCUCGUCCUGCUCCACAAAACACCUGAUAACAAGCUGAUGCCAGUUGCUAUUCAGCUGAAGCAGACUCCAGCAGAAGACAACCCCAUCUUCCUUCCUACUGAUUCUGAGUACGACUGGUUGACGGCCAAGAUUUUUGUGAGAAGUGCAGAUUUCAACGAGCAUCAAGUCAACUCUCACCUGCUGCGCACUCAUCUGCUGGCUGAAGUGUUUGCAGUGUCACUGCUGCGCAACAUGGACAGGAAACAUCCACUGUACAAGGUCCUUGUACCUCACACCCGCUACACUCUGCAUAUCAACUUCUUGGCGAGAGAUGGUUUGAUAUCCGAGACUGGAGUUUUCACAAAGUUUGCAUCCUCUGGUGGAGAGGGUAUGGUGACACUGAUGCAGAGAUCACUGUCCUCAGUGACCUACAGCUCCCUCUGCUUACCAGACGACAUCGCUGAGCGUGGGCUGGAGGACGUGCCGAACUUCUACUACAGGGAUGAUGGACUCAGGCUUUGGGAUAUCAUCCACAGGUUUGUGCAGGGAGUGCUCGGCUUCUACUACAAGAAUAAUGAUGCGGUCAAGGAAGACGAGGAACUGCAGAGGUGGAUUGGGGACAUUUUUGAACACGGAUUCCUUUCCCAAGAAGGCACAGGAAUUCCACAGCGCUUUACCACCGUGGAAGAGUUGGUCAAGUUUGUCACCAUGGUGAUCUUCACUUGCUCAGCACAACACUCUGCUGUGAACACUGGACAGUAUGACUAUGGAGGCUGGAUGCCCAACACUCCCACCAGCCUGCAGCUUCCUCCACCAACCAAAAAGGGGAAAACAAGCGAGGCCACGAUGCUGCAGACAUUACCUGACAUGGGCACGUCAGCCAAUGCAAUGGCUUCCAUAUGGUUACUCAGCAAACCAUCCUUUGACUUUGUUGGUCUUGGCAAGUCCCUGGAGAAGCAUCACAGUCAUGAGAUUCCCUCCAGCCAUGUAACAGCUUUUCAAGGAGAGCUUCAAGCGUUAAGCGCACGCAUCAAAAUCAGAAACAUGAGUCUGGAGGUGCCAUACACAUACAUGGAUCCAGAGAAGAUAGAAAAUAGUGUGGCCAUUUGAAUGUCAGAUGGUAUGACCUCCUGAGCUGUUGGCCAAAUUCAGCUUCAUAUUAACAAAAGUGAUAAACGGAAAAACUGCAUGUUUUGUUUUUAACUGAUACUAUGGUGGAAGGAAGCUACCUCAUGUGAUCAUUUUAUAUAUCUGUGAUUUUUAUAUAACCUAACUGAUUUAACUGUGGGGAAAAUGUGGUUUUAAAUCAUAAUCUACAUCUUAAAUCUUCUUAGUAUGUCGGUGAAUAUACAGGGUCUCUUAUCAAACUCAGUUACUGUGGGGAAAAAUAUUAUUUUGCAUUAAGAUUGUAACACUUUAGAAGCAAACUGUGCCUUAUGACUCAUUGUCAUAAUGAAGUAUAAAUAAAUGUAGGUACCUAUGUUUUGCUUGAUUUACUGCAUGCUCUGUAUCUGUAUGUUAGAAAAAUAGGCGAGUACUAGAGGACAAAACUUUUAAGUGAACUGUCUCUUUCAUCUCGUGUGAAAAACAAGUACUUGUCACUCAGAACAAAGUAAGCUCAGUUUCAUAGAGGACAGGAGGUUCCUGUAACCACAGAAAGAGGCGUUGCUUCAAUGAUCCUGUGUUCCAUGAGGGAGGUGCUUCUUUCUGUCCUUAUCCUUGUUUUACACUUUUUAUAAAAACAAUUUCCCUCAGUUAGAAAAGUUGAAUACAAUAAGUGAAGCUGCUGCAUUGACAAGUUCCAGUAUAAACACAUGUAUCAUCCACAAACAAAAUGUGACAAUCUGCAUCUGCUGUAGAAGGGAAAACAAACAUGGUGCAAAUUAAUGUAAAAAUAAUUUGGCUGAUUUGUCAUUGGAUAAUCACAGCAAAGCCCAAAUUAAACACAGUGCCAAACACAUUUGAUUUAGCACAUUCAGAUGACAGUUCUUAAUUAACUGUCCCUAUAUUCGGCACAUCUUCAUAUUAUAGAAAUUUUCUCUUUUUUGUUAUGAUGUGGCAUGAAAUGUUAAUCUGUGUGUGUGAAUUAAUCCAUUUAAUACUUUCUCUGGGUGGUGAUUUUUGAUCAAUA